CCUAGAUUCCUUUAUCAGUCUUACUGAAGAAAGAAUUUGAAAAAGUUAACAUUACACUGAACGAUACAGAGAAGGUUGAAGUGAGUCAUUAUUACUGCCAGGAUAUAAUUCGAGUUCUUAGACACUGCCAACCCGAACACUCUUUAUAACUAUGCAGGAUUUCUUGCAUUGUUUCCUUACCUUGAAUAUGUACAAAUGAGCAAUGAAAGCGAGCGCAAGAGCCGUAAUAGGAGUGAAUGCAUAACUUUGUUGGACAAAAGUGCGCGUGACGUUCUCGACUAUUUAUAUAUUACCAACGAACGCAACCACACCGCGAUUAAGAAUGAGGUAGAAGAUAUUGCCCGCAAAUUGAUACAGGCGUUCAAUGAAACGCUUCAAAACAACAGCUGGAUCGGCAAUACGACGCGAGAAGCCUUCGAAAAAGUGUUGAAAGUGCCAUUGGAAAUAGGAUACCCGGACGCGCUAUUGAACAUGUCAGUACUUGAAGCUUUCUACAAAUACGUACCAUACUUGCCUUCGAAUAUUUCAUUCACAGAAGCCUUCUACUACUUUCAAGAAAACUUGUAUAAAAUGAAAUUGCGUAAGUUCAGGCAUCCAGAAGAGAGCAAUUGGCGUUCGGUCCACAGUCCAAGAAAAGGUCGUAGCAAGUUUCACGAGAAGUUCGGGAUCGAUAUCGAAAUUCCCUACCCAAUCUUCGUAUCUCCAUUUUUUCAGCGAGGACUUCCACGCUCAUUGAACUAUGGUGCCAUCGGCGUUACAAUUGCUCGCGAACUGGGGUCUACCUUCAGCAUCGAUGGUAAUAUCAGUGCAUCUUCAUUCUUCUUAUGCUGCAACGAAUACGAUACCACUUCAUAAAUGUUCCACAAUGCC